AAAACGAAAACACUCUGUUGUCCUGAGCAACUGGCAAAUUUGCUAUUUAUGCCAUUGGCAUUGCCGCGGGGAUCUUUCUCUGAAAAAGUGCCUUUAACUUCCAAUCCUGAGCAAUCCGGGGAGGAAAGUCCCGCCAUUCAGUCUGACAAUAGCCUUAAUCAGUUAGAACCUGAUAAUAUCGCUAAAUUUCAGCAACGACAAAGCCAAACUCAAGCAAUUAAUCAUGAUUAUCUCCCGGAUCUCAAAGGAGCCUUAAAGGGCUUUUAUGAAGAAAAUGUUAAAGAAACCAUCGAAACCAAGACCCACGAAUUUAAGCAAUUAAUUCAGCAAAAUGCUGCCAUUGGAAAAAGUAAAUAUUUAGCCUUGGGGGUUCUCACGGUAUCUGUUUUUUUACCGGUCUCUAUGUUCGUCAUUGAGCCAACACCGGCCAAGGACAAUUCCGAAGAUUGA